GUUACUCGAAAAUUUGUACUUUCGUUUGGGCUUUGUAGUCGUAUAUUCGAAACUUAUUGCCUUUUAGAAUAGAAAUGCAAGCAUUUAAGAAAAUUUUUGGUCAAUAUAACCGAAUUGUUCUAGGCAUGAUACAUGUACGAGCGUUACCAGGGUCUCCUCGCCACUCACUAACUUUUGACGAAAUUUCCAAUAAAGCCUGCGAAGAAGCCAAAAUUUAUAGUAAACAUGGAUUAAGCGGUAUUGUUUUAGAAAACAUGCACGAUGUUCCCUAUGAAAAGGAAAUUGAGCAAAAGCCUCACACAGUUGCAUUUAUGACAGCAAUUGCAACCAAAGUUCGUCAACAAUUUCCACACCUUCCAAUUGGUAUUCAAAUACUCUCCGGUGCUAAUCAACAGGCCUUAGCAGUUGCGGUAGCAGCUAAUUUAAAUUUUAUAAGGUGUGAAGGAUAUGUAUUUGGGCAUAUCGGAGACGAAGGAUAUAUUGAUUCAUGUGCGGCGAGCCUAUUGCGAUAUAGAAAGUACCUAAAUGCGGAUAAUAUUUUGAUUUUCACUGAUGUUAAAAAAAAACACAGUUCUCAUGCCAUCACCGAUGACAUAACUACUUGUGAUGUUUCUAAGGCAGCUGAAAUGUUCCUCAGUGAUGGAAUAAUUGUUACUGGGCAAAGUACUGGUAUAUCUCCUGAUGAAAAUUUGGUGCAAGGUUAG